AUGACAGUUGUGCAAGUCAACAACAAAGCAAGAAAUUUGCUCUACAAUGCUAUAAGUGGUGAAGAAUAUGAGAAAAUCUCUAGCUGUAAUACAACCAAAGAAAUGUGGGAUAAGCUUGAAGUUACAUACGAAGGAACCAACAAAGUGAAGGAAACACAUAUCAACAUGUUGGUUCACGAUUAUGAACUCUUCCAGAUGAAAGAAGGAGAAUCCAUUGAGGAAAUGUUUGCCAGAUUCAAUAAAAUCAUUAGCGACUUAAAAGCUUUCGGCAAACCAUAUUCAAGCGGUGAUCAAGUUAGAAAGGUUCUUAGAAGUUUACCAACCACUUGGCAAACUAAAGUAGUCACACUUGAAUCACAGGAUCUAAAUAAAUUAUCUUAUGAUGAACUUCGAGGAGAACUUAUAGCCUUCGAAAAGACGCACUUCAAGAAAACAAACCAAGAAGAAAUCGCAAAGGAAAAUGGUACUUAG